GGCCAACACGAUCACAUCGCAGAUCUAACCACACCGACCAUAUCCACUCUACACCAUAGCAUAGGCAUAUCUGAAUAGUAGUAUCUGAGUGUAAAGUGUAUAGUGUACAGUAUAUAUAGUCUGUAGUCUGGUACAACAAGUGCGCGGUGGUACGAGAUCGGCGUUGAUUUAGAUUUAUGUUUUGAUUUUUCGUCGCUCCUGUCAACGAGUGUUUCGGCUAAUUGCCAGUUGUUUAAAAGGUUUAUCAGCAUUCAUAUUCGAUUAUUCAACGUUUUUAACCGGCUGCAGUUUGGAUAUUACACCAAUAGAAUCCCAGUUAUUUUUGCGUUUGUGUUUUACUAGCAUCGUCAUGACUAAGAAUGGACAAAGCAAUGCGGCCUACGUCGGCGAUCAUCCGGACAAAUUGGAACUGGCGGAGAAGGGUCAGAAGAACAAGGCUUUAGUGGCCAAGGAUCCCGACUACAAUCCGUACCAUCAUCGCGAUGUAGAGCAUCCCACUACGAACUCGGAGACCCUGUUCCAUUUGCUAAAGGGCUCGCUGGGCACAGGAAUUCUGGCCAUGCCGAAUGCCUUUCGCAACUCCGGCUACAUCACUGGAUCCAUUGGUACGAUUGUCAUUGGUUUCAUUUGCACCUUCUGCAUUCACCAGCUGGUCAAAGCGCAGUAUGAAUUGUGCCGCAGGAAGAAGAUGCCCAGCAUGAAUUAUCCACUGGUGGCGGAGACGGCAAUGGGCGAGGGCCCGAAAUGCUUCCGGAUUUUCGCACCAUACAUUGGCACAGUGGUUAACACUUUCCUGCUAAUCUAUCAACUGGGCACCUGUUGCGUUUACGUGGUCUUCGUGGCCUCCAACAUAAAGGCCAUUGUGGAUGCAGUGGCCGACACGAACAUCGAUGUGCGUCUCUGCAUGAUCAUUAUUCUGCUGCCGCUGAUCCUCAUCAACUGGGUGCGCAAUCUGAAGUAUCUGGCUCCGUUCUCCACGCUGGCCAACGCCAUUACGAUGGUAUCCUUUGGCAUCAUCUGCUACUACAUCUUUCGGGAACCAGUCACCACCGAGGGCAAGGAUGCCUUUGGCAAGCCCUCGAAUUUCCCGCUCUUCUUCGGCACUGUGUUGUUUGCCCUGGAAGCCAUCGGUGUCAUCCUGCCCUUGGAGAAUGAGAUGCGGACCCCGCAGAAGUUCGGUGGCAGCUGUGGAGUGCUCAACGUAUCCAUGGUGCUCAUUGUGUUCCUCUACGUGGGCAUGGGUCUCUUUGGCUAUCUCAACUAUGGAUCUGCGGUGCUGGGUUCCAUUACUCUAAACAUGCCGGAGCACGAAGUGCUUUCCAUGUGCGUGAAGGGCAUGCUGGCCUUUGCCAUUUACAUUACCCAUGGACUGGCCUGCUAUGUGGCCAUCGAUAUUACCUGGAAUGAUUAUGUGGCCAAGCGCCUGGGCUCCCAACGUAAUGCCCUGUUUUGGGAAUACGCCGUGCGAACUGGUCUCGUUCUAAUCACCUUCCUCCUGGCAGUGGCCAUUCCCAACCUGGAGCUGUUCAUCUCCCUGUUUGGAGCUCUGUGCCUCUCCGCCUUGGGUCUGGCUUUUCCGGCUCUCAUCCAGAUCUGCACACAUUGGUACAAUACUAAGGGCUUCUCAAAGGUGUGGCUGGUGUCAAGCAACUUUGUGCUAAUCAUUGUGGGCAUCCUGGGCUUGGUAAUCGGCACGUAUACCUCACUCAAGGAGAUCGUACUGACCUUUUCCGAGUAGAUAAUAUAUUUGUGAACCUAAAUCCGCCAGCGGGCAUUCCAAUUCAAGCGAAAGUAUUAUGAGCAAUCGAAAGAUAUUGAAAUCUGUAAACAUUCGCAGCGCAGCACAAAUGACAAGAUGCAGAUACAACUAUGGAUAUACAUAGUUACAGUUGAGCUAUCCGCUGUACAUGUGUAAAGUUAUACUCUGAACUAAUUGUUGUGUAUUUGUAUAGGAUUUAACAGAUUUGUGAUAUUUUAAGCGUCAUGCCCAAGAAUCUGUACAACAAACGUGUGUAUAUCAUAUAUCUCUUUAUGUAGUAGAUAACAUCUUGAUAAGUAGUUUAGUGCACAGUCACAUAUUUUUUAAGUCAUAUUUAAAGUACGAUAGCAGAUAACCACAAUAAUAAAAAUAUUUUGCCAUAUUAAGAUA